AUGCGGCCGCCGUCGGGCUCUCAACGGAGCCCUACAAAGGUGGCCCGUCAGCAGCAGCAGCAGCAGCAGCAGCAGCAGCAGCCAGAGCAGCAGGAUGUCCUCUACAACCCCACCAACUGGAAGAACAACUUCCAGGUCGUGUAUUACCUGCGCACGUACAUGACCAUCGUGGCCGGCCUGGUGGCGGGGAUCCUCGGUAUCACCGAUUGGCUGGGAUUUGUCGUGUACCUUGUCAGCCAAGCGCUGUGCGUGCCUCUCAUUUUGGUCAAGUGCGGCGGCAACGUCAAAAAGUACUUCCCGUCGUGCGAGCAGCAGAUUGCGGCUGAGAUCCUGGAAAGGGAGGCGCAGCUUGCGGCCAUGUUCGAGCGCCGUCCGCUGCCGAAGGCUAGCGAGGUGGCGGUGAUCCGAAACGAGAUCAACGCUCUCAAGGCGUCCCUGCCCGCCCGCUCCGCCUCCCCGCCCAUUGCGCCGGGCGAGCCGGUGCCAGCGGUGCGCGGGGCGCCGCGCAAGGCGGACCGAGAGCUGGCAGCGCGCGUCAUGGCGGAGCUGGAGGCCGCGAUGAGCGGCGGCGGCGCCCUGGGCAACUCGGAGGACGCCGAGAUAGCGGCCCUAGAGGCGGAGAACACCGCGCUGCGCGCCGACGCGCACGCGCUGCUGCAGCACCAGGCGCUGCUGGAGCGGCUGCUGGCGGAGGCGCGGGCGGCUGACGCGGAGCGGCGGCGCGUGGAGGCUGAGGCGGCGGAGUUGCUGGGGCGGAUGAGGGCGAAGCUCACGGGGGGUGGGGCGGCCGCGGACGCGGCGUGA